CUUCCAAUGAAUAUUCAGGACUGAUUUCCUUUAGAAUGGACUGGUUGGAUCUCCUUGCAGUCCAAUAUUACUUAAUACAUACCGAUUUUAUGUUAAUAUAGAAGAUAACAGGAUUCUGAGAACUAAACCAUGUAGAAACAGUCAAUAAACCAGACAGGCAGAGGGACCCAGCAGAGACUAACAAAGCCUGUAAGUCAUCACAUUCCACUGGAAACAUCCAGAUGAAACCAGAUGAAAAAGCACAACAACUACUAAACAACUGCUGGGACCACUGGACUCAGAAACACAGCAAGAGACCAUAUUUGAAAUAUGGCUCAAAGUGACUUCCUCUAUCCAGAGAACCCAAAAAGGCGACAAGAAGUAAACCGUCUUCACCAGGAGCUCCUUGACUGCUUAUCUGACAGCUUCCAUGCCACCAAUAAGCUGAUUGGGGUUUUAAACAUGCACUUAGGGUGUACGUUACCUUCCAUUGAAAUGAAAAGAGAUGGGACCAUCAAAGAAAACUGUGAUAUCAUCAUCCAAGCCAUGAUGAACAUCCAAAAAGAAUUGCAAAAGGUGGAUGAAGCACUAAAAGAUAAACUAGAGCCAACUCUUUAUAGAAAACUUCAGGAUAUUAAGGAAAGAGAAACCGAGAAAAUUGCGAUAGUACAGAAGGUUAUUUCAGUCAUCCUGGGAGAAGCCACUUCUGCCGCCAGUGCAGUGGCUGUUAAACUUGUGGGCUCAAAUGUCACAACUGGCAUAAUUAACAAGUUGGUCACUGUGCUAGCUCAAAUUGGUGCGUCUCUCCUCGGUAGCAUAGGAGUUGCUGUUCUUGGCCUAGGGAUAGAUAUGAUCUUCCGUGCCAUCCUGGGAGCAGUGGAGAAAACACAGCUUCAAGCAGCCAUCAAAAGUUACGAGAAGCAUCUGGUGGAAUUCAAGUCAGCUUCAGAAAAAUAUCAUCAUGCCAUUACUGAGGUCACCAACACAGUGAAACAUCAAAUGAAAUAAAGUUACUUUAUUUGCCACUGGGAAUAUUUCUCUGCUUCUCUCUCCAUAAUGGUGUUUUGCUUCUCUGAUUAGCUUCAUUUUCCAUAAGCUUCCAACAAGAUAUAAAUACAGCAAACAACUCCGAGGAUUCAGAAAUGCUACAACUAGAUGACUCUAGAGUUUUCUAUCAACAAUGAAUGUCUGGAUCAGUUGGUGCUAGACCUGUGAGUUAAAGACUGCAUCCUGGGAGGUCCUCUCACUGUGCUCUACAGAUCAACAUUAGGGUGAAUGCUAUUGCAGAGGAGCGUGUAGGGGUGACCUUUUCCUUUUCUAAUUCCCAGUCAAAAUUUUCAAAAUUUGCAUUGAAUGAAGAGACUAUCACUAACUUCAGACAUCAUUUAGUUCUAAGGGACACAGUAACUUCUGCACCCACGUGAAAGCUGAGCCUUCGAAUGAAACAGAAAGACUACGGUAAUUGUGACCAUCAGUUUAAAUGCAAUUUGCCCUAAACUGGAAGAGACUGAAAUCUGGUUUGUAACAAUUUACUUCAAAGGAGGCGGCUGUUCUGGAAACUUCUACUAAUUACUACUCUGUAAUUCAGACUGACUGUUAAGAGAUAAAAGUUAAAAUAAAAAAAUAAAAAUUGCUGCUGUAAUUGC